AUGCUCCUCUUCACCGCCAUCGCACUGCACUGGAAUAUGUCCCCUGAUGCGCUCCUCCACUCGCAGCUUGUGGGUUGGGGUCUCGGAAUGAUUGUGGCGUCAGCUAUGGGCCAUGUCGGUAUGAUGCUGCUGCGCUACAGGUAUUACAAAAAACACAAUAAGGCCUACGUGUACACAGACAAGCGGCUCGUGGUCGCCGGGGAGGCCAUACUAUGCCUUUCUUACGUGGUUGUGCUUGGUGCUCAAUGCUCGGACACCAAAUUACCAGGCUGUGCGGUGGGUGUUGCAGCUGCUCCAAUUCUGGCCAUUCUCACCCUGUUACAAAUGUUCUUCGCCGGGAAAUCUUAUGGCCAAUUUAGAAAGAUGAGAAAGGCGGAAGAGCAGUCUUUGGAGCAGAGGAGGCGUCAGCGGUCAACUUCCAGUGUGGGAUCCCUGGCCAGCAGUGGACAAUCAACUCCGAGUGAAAGGUUCAGAGAUGAGACUAAUAUAUACAUGCCGGCACCUGACGCGCCACCAUCAAUUCAUUUACCUCCGGGUGAAGAUCCUUAUCAAGCUCAACCUGUUCCGAUUGGGCGCCAUCCAUCAACUGGGGGAUAUCAUCCAAACGAGUACAACUCGUUAAGCCGUGGGGUUCCAAUGACUUCUGCACCACCGCAACAGGGCUUCGCACCACCGCAACAGGGCUUUGCACCACCGCAACAGGGCUUCGCACCACCGCAACAGGGCUUUGCACAAGGCCCACUCCCAGCACAGAACACAUCAAUUCCAUUCUCGGGAAACUUCUCGGGAAACUUUCAUGGGAAUCCCAUGGGCAUGGCCUAG